GGCGCUUCCCUACAUCACGUGACGCGAGAGGAACCUGCACCUUCUGAGCCAAGGACCAUGAGUUCGAGGCCCCAGGGCUCUGUCUCAUUCCGCCCGAGGACCCGGCCCUAACUGCUUCCUUAGAUUGUUCUCCCCCGCAGGGCUCCGCUCCACCCUGUCCAGAAGGCGCGACCGGAAAGGGUGGGCUUCUCUGGGCCUUGGGAUUUCCGCUGCCAUGGCGUCUCGUGGGGUCGUUGUCGUUGUCUUGCUCUCUGCUCUUCCCCUAUUGUGUCUCGAGCUCCGGCGUGGAGUUCCGAGUCUCGGAAUUAAGGAUCUCAUGUUGCUGUGUGGCCGAAUAUUCUUACUGCUCGCUCUGCUUACUAUAAUCAUUUUUGUGACAACAUCAUUGCUUAACUUAUUUAAAUCUUCACCAGUUUAUCUGAAAGAAGACGACAAAGAAGAGAAGAAUGAGAAAAGACAAAAGCUUAUCAGAAAAAAACAACAAGAGGCCCAGGGUGAAAAGGCCAGCAGAUACUUAGAGAAUGUUUUAAAACCUCAGCAGGAAAUGAAAUUGAAGAAACUGGAAGAGCGCUUUUAUCACAUGACAGGUGAAACCUGGAAGUUAACCCAUGGUCACAAACUUGGGGGCGAUGAAGAUUUGGUGCUUGAAAAAGGGAGUCAGUCAUCUUCUGAAACAUCAAACCGAGAAGCUUCAGAAAGACGGAACUUGCUGAAGCUUUUGACUAAAGUUUCACCACCUGCUCCACAGCCUGCAAAGAAGAAGGUUCCUGAUUUACCUGAAGAGCCUCCUGAGACAGCUAAAGAAGUGGUUACUGUUGCUCUUCGCUGUCCGAGUGGGUGUAUUCUGAGGAGAAGGUUUUAUAAGUCCUGCAGCUCACAGGUCUUAUUUGACUGGAUGAUGAAAAAUGGGUACCCCAGUUCCCUCUACAGUCUUUCUACUUCCUUUCCCAGAAGGCCUCUGGAAAUGGAGGGAGGCUGGUCACUGAAGGAUCUAGGAAUAACUGUGGAUACCAUACUUAAUGUGGAAGAGAAAGAGCGCAGCAUCUGCUAAAGAAAUAAGACCUACUGUUAUGCCAUGACCUUACAGGACAAUAAAGAGUUCACAUUGAAAUCAUA